GUUUUCCGCUCUGUGCACUUCCGGAUAGCUCCUCUGCUAGCCGUACGAUCAUACAAUCACACAGGAGCAUUUUUUGACUUUUAAAUGUGACAGCGCCGCUUAAAUAUGGUCAACGCAUUGUUAAUUGUUUUUUGUGCCUCUUUUUGGAUGAACGAUGUAAUAACGUCAAGGAUUAACUUGGAGGAUAAUCACGAAAAUGAUCCGGAGUUUGAAUCUCUGAACUUCAUCCUGUCAGACUAUGAGGUGCUGCCUGUGUCAGGCUUCCAGCUGCACUCUGUGAGGAAAAGGGACGUCCAAACCCAGUCCCACCUGGAGCGCCUGGUGAGCUUCAGAGCCCUGCAGAGAAAUUUUAAGCUUUACCUGACAACAAACACAGACCUCUUUACUGACAACUUCAAAGCAGUGUUUGUUGAUAAAAAUGGGAAGGAGCAGAAAUAUGACGUUUCACUUCAGAACUAUUUCACUGGACAUGUUGUUGGGGAGGAAAAUUCUCGUGUGCAGGCGCACAUUGACGGAGAUGAGUUUUCUGCUCAUAUCCUGACAGAUGAAGCAGAAUAUAAUGUGGAGCCGCUUUGGCGGUUUACAGACUCCCCAGUUGACGGCCGAUUACUGGUCUACCGAUCGCAGGACAUCAGGAACCUGAGCCGGAUUGCUUCUCCUAAAGUGUGUGGCUACAUUCAUGCUGAGACGGAGGAUCUUUUGCCUCAGGCUGCCAGGAGCGGCCAGGCAGAGCAUAAGCAGGCGGUUCUUAAAGACGAGUACCAUGACAGAGUGAAAAGACAAGUUCAUGACCACAGGAAGAACACCUGCCCCCUGCUGCUGGUCGCAGACUACCGCUUCUAUGAACACAUGGGCCGCGGCCACGAAAGCAUCACUCUUAACUACCUGAUAGAACUGAUCGAUCGAGUUGAUGAUAUUUACAGAAACACCACCUGGGAUGAUGAUUUUAAAGGUUAUGGGGUCCAGAUCCAGCAGAUCAUUAUUAACAAAGAGCCAACGAAGCCACCCUCUGGCCACUCUGGGGUUGGCUGGGCCCACUAUAACAUGAAGGACAGCCCUGUGACAGGCGAGGAGGUCUGGGAAGUGAAGAAACUUCUGGAGCAAUUCAGCUCAGAUAUUGCCGACAACGCCUCCACUGUGUGUCUGGCUCACCUGUUCACCUACCAGGAUUUUGACAAGGGGACGUUGGGCCUGGCCUAUGUCGCCCCGCCCAGACCUCACCCCCUCGGUGGGCUCUGCUCAGGACCUUACUACCCAUCUCACUCUGCCAAGAAGCCCAGUUACCUCAACACGGGCCUGACCAGCACCAAGAACUACGGCAAAACAAUCCUCACAAAGGAAGCGGACCUGGUUACCACUCAUGAGCUGGGCCAUAACUUCGGAGCAGAACACGACCCUGAUAACAUCGACUACUGUGCUCCCAGUGAUGACCAGGGUGGCAAGUUUGUCAUGUACCCCAUCGCUGUCAGCGGUGACCAUGUUAACAACAAGCGUUUUUCCAGUUGCAGCAAGAUCUCAGUUGGAAAGACGUUGCGUCUCAAGGCUCCGCUGUGCUUCAAGGAGAGGAACAGUAAGGUCUGUGGAAACUCCAGAGUGGAGGACGGAGAAGAAUGCGAUCCUGGGCUCCUCCAUCUCAAUGAUGACCCCUGUUGUUCUGCAGUCUGCAAGUUCAAACCUGAUGCUAGGUGCAGUGACAGAAACAGCCCCUGCUGCAAGAACUGCCAGUUUGAACAGGCGGGAACAAGGUGCCAGGAACCCAUCAAUGCCACAUGCAAAGGCAUGUCUUCCUGCACAGGUAACAGCAGCCAGUGUCCACCGCCUGAAAAUGCUCCUGACAACACAGUGUGUGUAGACAAAGGCCGAUGUCGCAAAGGAGAGUGUAACCCGUUUUGCGAGGCAGUUCCGAACCUACAGUCUUGCGUCUGCAAUGAGACAAGUGAUUCCUGCAAGGUGUGCUGCAGGAAAGAUGCAGGGAUCUGCUCGCCCUUCAUAGAGCCCAAUGGCACCUUCCUUUUCCUUCGCAAGGGCAAACCCUGCACAGUGGGCUUCUGUGAUGGAAGCGGGAAAUGCAUGAAGCAGGUACAGGAUGUCAUUGAGAGAUUGUGGGAUUUCAUUGACAAACUGGACAUCAAUACGUUCGGGAAGUUCUUGGCUGAUAACAUAGUGGGCUCAGUUGUGGUGUUUUCCCUUGUUUUCUGGAUUCCUCUCAGCAUCCUGGUUCACUGUGUGGACAAACGACUUGAUCAGCAGUACGAAGAGAACGCUAAGUCCUUUUACUUGGCUCCCAGUCAGAUGGUGGAGGUUUGUAAUAGAGCUCCUGCUGUAGAGUCAAGACAUGCUGAACAACCUCGAGUCAGCAUCCAUGCGCAUCGUCAAGCCUCCUCAGCCUCCCUCCUUCUCCGCUAUCCGGACCGGGCCCUCCUCCCAAUUUCUUCAGCAGCAGAGCCAGGUUCAGGCCCUGGCCCCAGCCGCGGCCUGCAGCGACAGUACCCAGGACCCCGGCCCGAGCUACGCCGCCAACCAGGACAGCGUAGGGGAGCAGCGGAUGGCCACCAUCCGGGAGGACACCAGCAGCGAGUCUCACCUGGGAGAGGAGGGCCCGUCAGACGGUUUCACAACCGCAGGAGUCUCCUCGUCGGCUACGAAAUCCUCCUACGAGGAUCUGACCGAACAGAACCCAUCAACCAGGGAGCGGCGGCGCCUGACAAGGCAGGACCGCCUCAACACUAAAGAGACAGAGUGCUGAGAAAACGGAGGUGCCACUCUCACGCUUAAAAAAAGCAUCCAUCUUAAUUUAGAGAACAUUGAAAAACAUCGGUUGUUCAACAAGUAGAACCGGAAUCAUGUAGGUUAGAUUUGUUAAAUUGAACCACAUCUUUACAGAACUGGGUCUUUAUUUUGUGCCUUUUAAAGAUCUGUUGUAUGUUGAGGGUUUCAGGAAUACAAUUGGACACGCACUGUCCCAUGCAAAAGUAUUCACACUUAAUCUUUUUCAUUUUGUCCCAUCAACACCACAAACUUCAAUGUGUUGUACUGGGAUUUACACCAAAUGGUGCCUCAUUGUGAAGUUUUCGACUGUUUUAUCAAUAUAAAUAUAAAAAUGUGUGGUAUGCAUUUGUGUUCAGCCCAAAGUGAAAUCUAAUGCACAUAAUUGAUAACUUUGAAUGAGCUGCAGUGGUUCACUGCUCAGGUGGUAGAAUCUCUCCACAAAUCUGACCUUUUACGGAAGAGUGGCCAGAAGAAAGCCAAUGUAGAAAGAAAGAUAUAAGAAGUCCUGUUUGGAGUUUGUUGCAAGCCAUGUAGGAGACACAUCAGACAUGUGGUAGAAGGCGCUCCAGUCAGAUAAAACCAAACUUAAACUUUCUGGCCUUUAUGUCUAAAAGAAAACACAAUCUCAAUCACGUCUGACUGAUCUUUAGCUACUUUACAUGGACGAUUAGGCAGAAACUGCUGUCCAUAGAUGUGGAGAGCUGGUAGGCAUACCUCAAAAAAAUAAAAAGGUCAUUUUAAAAGUACCUGAAUACAAAUGCAUGCCACACAUUUCAGAUUUUCAUUUGUAAAACGUUUUGAAAACCAGCUAAUUCGUCUUCCACUUCAUGAUGAAACACCACUUGUCUUGGUCCAUCACAUAAAAUCCUAAUAAAAUGCAUUAAUGUUUGUUGUAAUUUUUUAUAUAAAUACUUUUGCACUGGGACAGUGCCUUUAAACCUAAUCUAAUAAAUUUUAACAGUUCCUCUUUUUUGGAGGCGCAUUUGGAUGAAACCCAGUGCACUGAUCCCUCACCUGAUCCUCCCAGAUGCGAUUGUGCAUCUCCAGGAAAAAAGAAAAAACUCCCAACCUUAUGUUAAUUAAAUAAAAUACACUCAGCACAUUCAGCGUAUUGUUACAUAUCAGUCACACUAUGGCUGGGAAAACGAUUGUGGGUCAGGAUUUGGAGGUUUUUGUUUUUUAAAUAAAAGCACUUUUUACACUGGAGAAUUUAAAUUUUGCACACUGUCAUUUUUUGGAAGUUGUGUAUCUGACCCUUUUGUGUGUGUAUAGCAGCUUUGUAAUGUACAUGAAGCAGCAUCAGUUUUAGUAUUAUUUUACUGUCCUUGUGGAGUUUUCUGUUGUACGUUAAUAAAAAAAAAUCAUUUUGUUUAGAUUUGUGCGUGAAGAAAACUUCUUGCUGUUCAACUCUGACAUUAAGUUGUGUAGCACUCCUUGUGCUCAGAACUUUUCUGUUUGGGUUGAAGAACUUGUGCCAAUGUGAGCUCUGCACAUUUUUCUGUUUGAUGCAGUUUCACCGCUGAUAACCUGCUGUGUCACAUCUUAAUGCUGUUAAACAUUGUAUGGAAAAAAAUUAAAUAAAACAACUUUUGCAUUAGA